AUGAAUAACAGUACAUUUUCUAAACAGGCGAUUCCUGAGCAAGUCGUUGGAUAUCGUCUGAUACAUGGCUAUGUCAGCGGGACAAUCUGCUUCAUUGGUAUCAUUUUUAAUAUUCUGAAUGGUUUUGUUUGGUCCCAAAGAACAAUGAGAACCUCGAUCAACAUUUUGCUGACGGCUUUAUCCUUCACUGAUGGUACGACAUUAUUUUUCUACCUUGUAUAUGCAACAUAUUUUUUUACAGUCACAGGACCAAGUGAGUUAAUUUAUCAUUCCAAAGGAUGGAUGUAUAUCGUGGUCAUAUGCUUUCACGAGUUCAUUGCAUUUUGCACUAUUUCUAAUGGGCUGACUAUAUCUCUAGCAAUCUUCCGCUACAUGAAGAUUUGUCACCCAAAAGCUGCAGAAAGGUAUUGCAAUAGUAGAAGAGCAAAACUGGUAAUUGUACUGGUUUUCAUUUUGUCAUCAUUAGCCAUGGUGCCGUAUUAUCUGUUUUACGAGGUGUACGACUUGUCUCAAGAAAAUUUGAAUUUGACAGGGUACUGGAUUCGAAAAACAACAUUUGCUAGAAACCAUGUGGACUUUCAGAGAACAGUACUUUGGUUGUAUGGAAUGAUAUAUAAAGUAGUCCCGACAAUAGCAAUGAUUUUCCUUAGUGCUUUUCUGAUCCGAGAGGUCUAUGCUGCAGGGAAACGGAGACAGCAUUUACAUGUAGCAAGCCCAAGUAGAUUUCAACAGACCAAAAUUAAAACCGGGUACAAAAGAACAACAAUUAUGCUUGUGAUCAUUGUUUUGAUUUAUGUUUUAAUGGAAUUACCGGUUGGAAUAAUGGCAAUCUUUUCUGGAAUGGAGGAUGAUGAAAGUCAUUACUUUUAUUUUUUAUUAUAUUCUCAUGCAGGUCAUAUUGUAGACAUGACUGGACUCCUCAAUGCCACUGUUAAUUUUAUUGUGUACUUUUGUAUAAAAAAACAGUUUCGUUUCGUGUUGAAAGAAGCGAUUUUUCAAAAGAGAGCAAAAAGAAAUGACCCCCGUUACACUCAUGGUGAACGUACGUGUACAACUUUGUCACAUGACAUCACAAUUCACAUGGAGCUCUCUACCUCUCCCAUUCAAGAGUGCAUGGCCUAUGUAAAUCAAACAGAAAAGUGAUAGGUCUGAAGUGAUAGGUCUGCAAAUUUUUGAGAGA